AUGUCCCGCAAGCCGGCGGCCAGGGCCCGGCCCGCCGCAGCCCGCAAGGCGAGGCGGCCCCGGCAGCCCCCGGCCGGGCAGGCUCCCGGCCCCGCGGCGGGCGGCGGGGGGCUGGCCAGGCAGCUGCGGGCCCUGGGCCUCAAGCUGCGGGAGGUGCCGGGCGAUGGCAACUGUUUGUUUCGAGCCCUGGGGGACCAGCUGGAAGGGCACUCCAGGAACCACCUCAGGCACCGCCAGGAGACAGUGGAUUACAUGGUCAAGCAGAGGGAGGAUUUUGAGCCUUUUGUGGAGGAUGAUGUGCCCUUUGACAAGCAUGUUACCAACCUGGCAAAGCCUGGCACCUUUGCUGGCAACGAUGCUAUUGUGGCCUUUGCAAGGAACCAUCAGAUGAAUGUGGUUAUUCAUCAGCUUAAUGCUCCACUCUGGCAGAUCCGGGGCACGGACAAGAGCAGCGUCAGGGAGCUGCACAUUGCCUAUCGUGAUGGAGAGCACUAUGACAGUGUGAGGAGAAUCAAUGAUGACUCUGAAGCUCCAGCAAAUCUUCAGAUGGAGAUGCUUCCUAGAAGGGAUUCUGCCAAGGAGGAGGAAGUGAAGGCCCCGAGGGGUGACUCUGAAGAUGAGACUGAAGGUGAACUGGAAGAUGCAGUGCAAAAAGUCUGCAGUGCAACAGGGUGUGCAGACGUGGAGUUAGUAAGCCGGGUUCUGGAAGAGGAAGACUACAAUGUGGACUCUGCAGUCUUUGCCAUCUUGCAAGUGAAGGAGGUGGACAGAAUGGGUGCUGAGGAGCAGCCUGAUGGCCAGAGCGGAGCUGAGGAGUGGGGUGGCAGAGCGCCGCGGAGGGAGGCCGGCAGCGGGGCCAGAGGCCAAGGAAAGCAGAGCCUGCACCCAGGGGAGACUGCAGGCAGCAAAGGACAGCCUGGACCUGAGGAAGAGGAGCGAGCUGGCAGGAACCCAAAGGUGUCCAAGAAGCAGAGGAAGGAGCAGCAGCGGCUGGAGAAGAAGAAACGCCAGGAGGAGAGGCACAGGCAGAAGGUCCUGGCCACCAAGAGCAACUGUGCAGACAGCAGCAGGAGAGAGACAGACUCCACCAGCCAUGUCACCUUGGUGAAGGCCAUGGCAGCUCUAAACAUCUGACUGAAUGUGUUCUGGGUGGCCCUGGAGCAAAUAAACCUGGUGGAGACAGAGCUGCCCUGGAGCACAUUGCCAAGCACCCACUGUUACCUGCUGAUCCCCUCUGAGCUCAGGGUGAACUUCCUGCUUCUUCA